GUUUGUUUACUCAAAAACCAAUUCCAUUUCCAUAACUCCAUUCAAACAAACAAAGACAAAACCACACGUACAUUACAUUAUUCCAAAAGCGCGAGCCAUGUCUGGAUACCCACAAAGCCAAACCGGUUACACUUAUGGUAGUGCUGCACCACCACCAUCUCAGCAAUACCACUCUGCCUCUUAUGGUGCCACACCACCACCAUACGGUCAACCACAACAGCCCGGUUACGGUGCACCCCCUCAGUAUUCAGCUCCUUAUUACUAUAACAAACCGCCAAAGGACGACCAUUAUUACAAACCUUCAUCUUCAUCAUAUGGCUAUGGAAGUAGCCCGCCAUUUGCCUCCCCCGGGUUCCCUCCUGGGACGGACCCGAAUGUGAUGGCGUGUUUUCAAGUGGCGGAUCUUGAUGGGAGUGGUGUUAUCGAUGAUAAGGAGUUGCAGACAGCCCUGUCUUCGUAUAAUCAAAGCUUUAGCAUUCGUACUGUUCGUCUUCUCAUGUAUCUUUUUACGAAUAGCAAUACAGCACGAAAGAUUGGGCCAAAGGAAUUCACUCAAGUCUUUUACAGUCUUCAGAAUUGGAGGGCAAAUUUUGAGAAAUUUGAUCGGGAUCGCAGUGGCCGUAUUGACGCAUGGGAACUGAGAGAUGCACUCAUGAGUCUCGGCUUCGCUGUUUCGCCUGUUGUCUUGGAUUUGCUCGUCUCCAAGUACGACAGGUCCGGGGGAAGGAACAAGGCCAUCGAAUACGACAACUUCAUCGAGUGUUGCCUCAUUGUCAAGGGGCUAACGGAAAAGUUCAAGGAAAAGGACACAACGUACUCGGGUAAUGCCACGUUCACAUACGAGGAUUUCAUGUUAACCGUUCUUCCCUUUCUCAUUGUUUAAUUCAUAUAUACUAGAUUGUCUAGAUUUUGAUGUCCCGUGUCAAAAUACGGAAAGGUUAAUUUAAUAGUGUUAAAACAUUUUAGGAUGUUUUGUUUGUUGUAUAGUUAUAUUUCUAAAUUAUGAUAUAUAUGUGUCCUUUUCUAUU